AUGAAGCCGAAAACUAGUGAAAUUUGGCAGUACUUUGUAGAAGUAGACGAUAAUUAUGCAAAAUGCAAAAGUUGCGGGAAAAAUUAUUCAAGAAAAGGCCGGACAACAACAUCACUGAAAGGGCAUUUAAAAUCUAUACAUAAAGAACAAUUUGAAGAACUUUGUAAAUUAGAAGAACAACGUGAAAAAGGAAAAUUACAACAGACAUCGUCUUUGACACCAUUGCAGCAAGCUAGACGGCAAUUGUCUUUAGAAGAAUCCACGAAAAAAAUCAAAUGUGGGAUACUUCACACCUCAAAGCAAAGAAAAUGGAUGAUGUUAUCGGAGAAAUGA